AUGAUUAAGGAGAAAUCAAAGGACUGUGGUAGUAAUGAUCCGAGAGCUGACUGGAAAGACCCUAAGGAACUACAAGCUUUUUGUGAGUUCUGUGUUGUUCAAGUCAUAGAUGGCAAGAGGAAAGGAGGAUUUUUGACCAAAACUGGGGUUGAUGCAGUGAUUAAGCAGUUGGGUGCCAUGGGAAAAGUGGUGACUCACCUGCAGAUUAAAAACAAAUGGGAUUAUCUGAAAAAAGGGUGGAGGCAGUAUAACGAGUGUUUUGACAAUAACACUGGGUUGGGUUAUGAUGCUGGAACUGGGAUGUUUGAGGCCAGUGAUGAGUGGUGGACCCGAAAGAUGGCGGCAUGUCCCAAUGCAAAAACCUUUAAAAAUAAAGGUUUGCCGAAUCGUGACUUCCUAAACAUCAUGUUUGGAGGCACGGUUGCAUCGGGGAAAAAUGCAUUCUGCACGAGCGGUCAAAUACCAAAGGAAACCACCGAAGGGUCUGGGGACUCUGUUGAUAACACAGACUUUGUUGACCCCUAA